AUGGAUCGAGUACGCCCUCAGCCUGCGCCUGCACGUGGUCGCCGCCGUUCGAUAUUCACAGAAGUCGGUCUGAUCGAUGAGCACACCAUCAGCAAAGAACGCAGCCCAGCACCUAUCCUCGUCACCGAGCACGCACUACGACAUGUCAGACCCUCAAGGACUGUCCGCUUUCGCAGUAGGAACAGUAUCUUCGGCGGCAACGAUGGAAUUGACAAAGUCGACGACCACGACCACGACCACGACCACGACCACGACCACGACAAUGACAUUGACGACAGUGACGGACCACGACCCUCCUCGACAUGCUCGAUCACGCACACCAGCUCCAGCUCGAGGCUCUACCGCGCAGGCCUCUUCACGAUUGUGCUCGCUCUGAUGCUUCCCAUCAUCCAGAUGAUCUCGGUCGCGCCUUUCGGAGUACAUGGAAUCUCGAUCCCAUGGGCCAGCAUCACAGCCCUAGCAGAUCGGUCGACGCUCGUAGAGAGGGCAGACUCGCAGACCGACGUGUGCAAGCGCUGGAGUGGGCAGAGUGCCAUUGUCAACGGCACACUGUACAUGUACGGUUUCCGCACCACCACCGACGCACAGCAGAAGAGCAACACGUGGACGAACGACUUCUUGAGUCUCGACCUGACCAAGUCCUGGCAAAUCUCCAACCCCUCCCUGACCGGCAUGCCUCAACCGAGCGGGCCGCCCGCCCUCUCGCUCGGCUACCUCUACUCUUCGCACAACUCCCUCUGGCUCUACGGCGGUCAGUACUCGGACUCGCCUGCAGAGAAACCUGGGCCGAACUCUGUUUGGGAGUACAACAUCGGUAGCAAGUCGUGGGUCGAACACAAGGACCCCAAGAGCUCGGCUGGUACCAACGCUGAGGGUGAUGGCCAGAGCAUACAGCGAGCGGCUGAAGGCGCUGGUUUUGGUGUCACUGCAUUGGGCAGGGGCUGGUACUUUGGUGGUCACUUGGAUGAUUUCACGACCGAAGGAUGGAGCAACCAGAUCGCUCGCGUAUAUCUGAAGAGCCUGCUGGAGAUUACCUUUCCCGGACACAGCAACGAUGCGGUCGAGAGCCUGAAAGACGGCAAGAAGGCCGAAACCGACCCUGUAUACAGGAACAUCACUACCGGUGGCAUUCAAGACACUGGCUCGUUCCCUGAGCGAGCUGAUGGCGUCCUGACGUAUGUGCCUGGCUUCGGCAACGAGGGUCUUCUGAUCGGCUUUACUGGUGGCGACAACGAUACUUUUGCCCAGAUGAACGUCAUCGACGUAUACGACAUCGCCGACUCGAAGUGGUACAAGCAGAGCACCUCCGGCACGACGCCUCCUUAUCGUGUGAACCCAUGUGCCGUAGUGGGAGCCGCAGCCGAUGGUUCCUCAUACAACGUGUACAUGUUCGGUGGUCAGAAUCUUCAGCCAUACGGCAACCAAACCCAGAAGGACGACAUGUGGAUCCUCUCUAUCCCCUCGUUCACUUGGAUCGAGGUCGACCAGGGUUCUCAAAGCGUUCCGCCUGCACGUGCCGGUCAUUCCUGCCACGUCUGGGAUGGCCAAAUGAUCAUGAUUGGCGGCUACGUUGGAGCAGAGCUGUCAUGUGACAGCCCUGGCAUCUACGUCUUCAACAUGUCCAGCCUCUCUUGGAGCGACCAGUUCACGUCGCUCACAGGAGGAAAGGCAUUGCAGGAUUACACCGGCGAGGGCAGCAUCGGUAACCCUCUGGCUCAGCAGGCCAACCAACGUGGUUUCAACGCCAGCGCUGGUGUCGAAGGCUCGUACGGCUACCGGGUCCCAGAAGUCGUCCAGAAGGUGAUUGGCGGUGCGGCCACUGGUGGCGCAACCCUCACCGCACCCGUCCAGACGCCCACCGCUGGACCUCUUGCGACUGGCAGUGCGAUAACAUACACUCUCACCGGACCCAACGGCGCCUCCUACACUGAAAUCGUCGCCUCGAGUGGCGCAUCCGGCGAUUCGGGGCCCAACAUUGCCGCCAUUGUCGCUGGAGUGGUUGCAGGCGUCUUUGCUGUGAUUGCCGUCUACUUUGCCUUCUGUGCCUGGAUCUACCGCAAGCAAGUCCAGAUCUGGAAGAAGCAUGCUGCCAUGGUCACGGCAGCCGCUGAAAAGCGCGACAACACCUUCACCAGCAGCAAGAUCUCCAGCGAGCGCGCCCCAGGCACCAUGGCCGGAAGCACCGCUGGCGGCGCAGCAGCAGGCAGCUUCGACAUCCAGCGCGUCAGCGGGGAGAACACCAGCUACGGCGGCGCGGGCGCGGCGAACUGGGAAAGAAGAAGUAGCGUAGGCAGCGUGACGGAAGAUUUGCUCGACGGCCAGGAACCGAGUUUCUGGGGCACCAAAGGUGUCUUGUUAAACCCAAGGCGCAGUCUAAGAGUUAUUAACAGAGACUAA